AGGAAUUACUAGUCCUGCUAAUACAGCUACUACGCCCACGUUGGGCACGAACACGGAAACAAAGGUAGAAAUGGCUGCGUUGCAGAUCGUGAACGGAAACAUGAAUUCAAACCAGGACGUAAAGUCGGAUAGCAACAGUCAAGUGAUUGUUAGUGCCAACGCAAACACCGGUAAUGAUUCAGCGUCGUCUGAAAUGACCACGGACGUUGUUGCGGAUGCGCCGAUACAAAGUGUAUUCAAGAUGGAGGGGAUGCUUGCAGAUACUACCCUCGCAAGUACAACCGCGGGCAAGUGUACUGACACAACCCCGUCUGAUAUGGCGUUCACAGCAGAUGUGGACUCGUUGGACAGCACGUCGUCUAAAAUGGUGAAAAUGGACAAGGAUAUGACAGCAAAUGUAAGUGCUAAGGGAGGUAUGGGUACAGAUAGUGCUGCUUUGGCCGUGUGUAAGCAAGAAGACAUCGUGCGUAAGGUGGAGGGGAUGGACAAGGAUAAGGCUGCGAACGUAGGCACAUCAGCAGAUACGAGUACAGAUGCAGCUGUGUCUGAGAUUGCUGAAGCAGCGGCCGUGGACUUAUCGAGGGGAAUCAAGAUAGAGGAAGAUGUCAGUAUUGAGAAUGGCACCGACAUGACCUGUGCCCUUGCGGGAGGUGCAGGAUUUUCUCCAGCCGUGGGCACGAUAUCACCCCUAUGUACACCCAAACUCGUUAAAGGGACUCCCAACACCACACCUAUUGACACAUCAGCACCUACAUACAUAUCGCCACACCCGCAUGCACACACACCUACAUUCACACACACGGCAUCCGAGGCGGUCGACAUGUUAACACAGCCGUUGCCGUCGCCUGAACCUCCUUACGUUCACACUCUGCUGCCCCCUGCGCUCAGUGCAGUAGUAGGGGAUAGUACAAGAACAAUAUUGGAGAGUGUAGUGGUAGGAGAUAGUGUAGUUCCAUCGCUGGAAUCACAGCUGCCUGAUCCGUCGCUUGCGCACACACUCGAGCCACCUGUACAGAUACAGACUUCAUCCUCGUAUAUACUGCACGACAAACAAAAGAUGCUCCAGACGUAUGGCAAUGAAACACAGCUAGAAGGCAAGGCAUUACUAGAAGGUGACAAGGUGACAUCAUAUAAUAUUAUAGAAUAUGGUACAGCAUCGGCAGCUAGGAGUGAGACACUACAAAAUGAGUGCAUAGAAGUUGAAUUAGAGCUGGAUGUAUCCGAGGCGGAUAGUAAGAACCAUGGAAAUGAGUUUGAAACAUCGACAGGGGCUUGUAAGGCAGCACAAGGUGAAAGCGGAUCAUCACAACCAGAAAGCGUAGAACCACUGGGGAAUACUCGAAUGCCAAGCGCAGAAGAGUUGGCAGCGCUAGAGCGUAGCGUGGUUUCACAAGACGGAGGAACAGCAGCACAGGCCAAGACCGAAGCACCAGAAGUGGAUGUUCAAGUUUCCAGAGAAGAAUAUCUAUCGUCGUCAGAGGGUAGAGAGGCGUCACUGGAGGCGAGUAGAGCAUCACAGACUGAAAUGACAGCACUGAUCGCACACCCAGAACUAUCAGCAUCGCCAGAGGACAGUAAGUCAUUGCAAGGAGGGAGCAACGUACACUCACCACAAAGUGACCCUACGUACGCGCGAAUGCGAAUGGACACCACCACGACUCUACCACGUGGAAGCGCUACUGAGCCAAGAAAAGGACGAAAGCGAAAACGAGAGAGCGUCAGCAUGUUGAAAAAGUUACAGACAGGGCUAGCCACACAUGCCUCGAAAACGGAGGAGUGUAAGCGCAGCUUGCAGGAUUUGAAGGCACAGUUGGGCGAAGCGGAUAGCAGUAAAGCAGUGCGUGGUGGUAGUAAAACACUGCAUGGGGGCAGUAAAGCACCUCAAGUGGGCAGUAGUGCAUUGCAUGGAGGUAGCCAGCCAGCAUCGCCGAACAGAGAUGGUGCUGUAGAGGAGCUGAAGAAACAGAUUGCGAAGGAAGAGACGGCCCUUAAAGUGAACGAGCAUUGGGUGGAGUAUCUAACUCAGGAGAUUGCAAAAUUGGUGGCCGACGGUGGUGGCAUAAAUGGGAGUUGCAAGUCAAAACUGGUAGACAGUCAAGCACUACCAAUAGAUGGUACAAGAUUGCAGGGGCAACGCAGAGCAUCGCCAGUGCGUAGCAAAGCACUUCAAGCAACCUGUGAAUCACACGGUAUAUUACGAGCUGAGAUAUCUGCGACAGCAGAUUGCAAGGAUAACGCCAACAAGCUCAGAGCGGUUAGAUGGAAACGGGCGCGGAAUGAGACACUCGCAGAGGUCUCAGAUGAUAGAGGACAAUUGACGAGCAGUGCCUCACUAUUGGAGGUGGAGGAUUGUCGGGGAGAGUCAGCAAGGAAUUCCCAGUCCACAGAAGCGCCGGCCAAAACCGGGCAAUUAACGAAGAGUGCCACACGCACUGAGAGCACGGAAAGCAGUGUUCAAUUAAAUGCCGCACUCACCGAGGCACCGGACAUUAGUGAACAGCUAUCAAGGGGAGUCGGUGGUAUACAUCCGAAGAGGUCUGCAGUUGCAGAUCAAGAGAGAGGCGCCAGUGGCAACAACACGCUAGGCAGGAUGAGGCGAAAACCCUCACAAAUUGAUUGUGAGUCGAAACCUGGUUCUACGAUAGUGGAUGGUAUUGAUAUAAGCGCACCCAGGCCCAAACGACAACGAGCAUCAACAACAUCACCGGUUGUUAAGCAACAGAAGCCACCUGUAAAUCCUACUAUCCAGGUCACUUCAAAAAAGCUAAGAACCAAACUGAGAUUGAAGGAUAAAACACCUAAGAAGGUGCCUGGCGUCGAGACUAUAAGCAAGGCAACGACACAAUUAAACCGAGAUGGUAAACGCGUAUGUUUGGGCAAGGAAGGAAUUAGCCCCACAACAACUGGCCGGGUGUUGAAGGCGGGAUCUGAUGUGCCUAAGAGAAAGCCGGGUAGACCCAAAAAUAAAACCAAGGCCGCCAAUGAUGUUAAGGUGGAGUUGAAGGAUGGUCUCAAGAUAGGCACCGCAGCCAUGGGUGGUGUACCUGCCGCAUUGCCGGAUGGGAAAGCAGUAGAGGACAACGGAUGGGUCAGUGAUGUAGGGGUGGCCGAGCAUCUGGUGACUCGGAGUGCAGGUCCCAGCUCCGGAUUAGUCCAGUCGGGGGUUAUGACAGGCGUUAAACCAAGUGUCAAGACAAGGAUCAGAACUGCAGGUAAGAUGUCACCCGUGUCAGUGUCAGAAACGGCGGAGAAAUUAACUGGAGAUAGCGACAGAAUGGGCAAAGUGGAGGUGAAGGUGGAAAACGUAGAUCGAAGCGCAAGUCCGAAUACGGUGUAUCACGCCAACGAAGUAGAUGCCAUGGAAGCUGAUCCUGUGGUAGGUAUGGAUGUCAAAAAAGCUGUCGAGAAAGGUGUCAAGAACGGUAUCCGGAAGAGUUUGAAGCGGAACGCUUUCAAGCGAGGUGUCAAUCAGGAUGGUAAGGAAAAUGGGCAAACAGUAGUUAAAAAGGAGGUCAACAGGUCAGUGGGCUCAGGGAUCGCGACGUCUGUCGGUGACACGGUGGUUGACGGUGUCAGGGGCUUGAAUGUUGUCGUGAAGGCCGAAACCGCUUCCUCGAAAAAACCGGAGCCCGUUCCGUGGUAUAUGAACAUGCCUCCUGAACAGGAGCUGAACCCCACAGUAUGGGACGAUGAGAUUGGUCUAUUUAUAGACAACAUUCUCUUGCGGUUUGGCAACAACCAAGAUGAUCGCUACUGCUAUGACAUGGCCUAUGUCUUGAAACAGAUCAUAGCCAGCUGUGACAUUUCGUCGGACGCGCGUGUGAUCCGCUUUUGCUUUGCGGUGCUGAAAUCUAUCGACACAUAUGGCAUUGAGGCUUUCAAAAUUCAUCCGAAGGGUGCGGGCAUAGUGUGUAACACCGAAGAAGGGCUUAGAGGCAACGAGUUCAUAGUGGAGUUCUAUGGAGAGGUAUACUCUCCGUGGCGUUGGUUCGAGAAGCAAGACAUUGUCAAGAAAAUGCUUCGUAAGGGAUCGUUGCCAGAGUUCUACAACAUGAUGUUAGAACGCCACAGAGACGAUGCUAAGGGGUUCGAUGUCCUUUUCGUGGACCCUACUAAUCGGGGCACAUACGGCUCAAGACUUUCUCACUCGUGCGAUCCCAACUGUGCCACCCAUGUCAUGGCGGUCAAUGGGCGCUUUGUGCUGGCUGUAUACACGGUUAGAGAUAUCAAGUAUGGCGAGGAGCUCUGUUUCGACUACAACUCAGUAACCGAGAGUAUUGACGAGUACCGCAAGGCUGUCUGCCUAUGCGGCACGUCGAAGUGUCGGCAAAGUUUUCUAUACUUCGCGAACAGCGCCACAUUUCAAUGCAUUUUGGCGAAAUACCAUAGUACAUGUGAUCGCACCGGGGCUAUUCUAAUGGCCUGUUCAAGCCCAGAGCUUACAGAGGACGACAGGCAGAGACUGUCAAGUCACGAUUUCAAUGCAAGUGUACUUACUGGUUGUCCUGAUUGGCUGCAGAAAUGGGCAAGUUUGAUCCUGAAGUUUAUUGAGUACGAGAGAAUGAUGAUGCCCCAUGUGCUGACAGCGGACUUCAAAGACGAUUUCGGCCAUCCCUACACUCUCGAAUCCGCGGGAGUUGAAGCCGCCGGCGUGCACGGCAAUAGAGAACAGAAUUUGGCGAUCACUUUGGAUAAGAUCAAAUACAUUCUGCGCCAGCAGCCCGCAGAGUUCGCAGAUACAAUGCCUUUGCGACCGACUUCGCCACAGGAAAUAUCCGACUACCUAUGGAGGGGCAAAGAAUCCAUUGUCAAACGCACAUAUGCGCUCUGUUCGAA